CCUCUUAUCUUUAAGAUAAAAAAGUUCAGAAGAAAAUGGACGGUUCACAUGCCUACAAGCUGUCGGUGCUGUUUCUGAGCAUUGCCUAUUGUUCGUAUUGGUGUGAAGGGUGUUUGGAUGGCGAAAGGAGAGUCCUAUUACAAAUCAAAGACUCCAUCAACCAUCCAAACGGGAAAGCUCUCCCAGACUGGGUAGGAGAGGACUGUUGCAAAUGGAAACGAGUUGUAUGCGACGAGUCUACAUCUCAUGUGAAAGAACUCUAUCUCAGCCGUCGAAGGAAUGAAAGCCAAGGAAUAUGGUAUCCCAAUGUCACAUUAUUUUCCGAAUUCAAGCAAUUGCAGAUCAUAGAGCUGCAAUGGAAUCAGUUGAGUGGACCAGAUGUAAUCAAAGCAUUUUGUGGUCUGAAGUUCUUACAGACAUUGACACUCGACCAUAACAAACUCAAAGGUGUUAUUCCUCCAUGUUUGGGCCACAUGCGCUCCUUGAAGAGUUUAUACCUACAAAGAAAUUAUGAAUUAAGUGGAAACAUUCCUUCAUUUCUUAGCAAUCUCACUAUGAUCGAAGAUCUUGAUUUUUCCUAUAAUCGGUUUGGUGGGAAGCUCUCAUUUUCCAUAUUUUCCAACCUCACGAAUCUUACUAAUCUUGACCUCUCCAACAAUUACAACUUAGAGGUUGAAACAGAGUCUCCAACUUGGUCUCCAUCUUUUCAACUACAAAUUCUUAAAUUAGGAAUGUGCAACUUGAAUAAACAUAGUGGCAGUAUUAUCCCUAGCUUUCUCUCCACUCAAAAUGAUCUAUUGAGGCUAGAUUUGUCCCGAAAUUCACUUGUUGGAAGCAUUCCAUCCUGGAUGUUUUUCAAUAUUUCUCAGUCAUUGUCAUUGAAAAGUAACAUGUUUGAUGGCCCAUUUCCUCAACUUGUGCAAAACCUCACUUCGUGGCUCAUGGUAAUUGAUCUAUCUGACAAUCAUGUCUACGGGACACUUCCUGCUAACAUUGGAGAAUGCUUUCAGAACCUAUAUUUCUUUAACAUGUCUUCAAAUUACCUACAUGGCAGCAUCCCGCUCUCCUUUGGUGAAAUCUCAACCUUAGAAGCAUUAGACCUAUCCAACAAUAAACUGUCUGGAGUAAUACCGCAGAGCUUAACUGCCGGUGGGAACUCACUGUUAUAUUUGAGCCUCUCUAACAAUAGUUUGCAAGGACAAAUACUUCCGCGAGAUUCCAAUAUGACAAAUUUGCUAUAUUUACAGCUUCAUAGUAAUUGUUUCACUGGAACGGUUCCGCCAAGCCUAGCCAACAGUCCUGAUUUGGUGUAUCUAGACAUUCGAAAUAACUACUUAUCAGGUGAUCUGUUUGCGAAGCUACCCAUCUUUCGUUAUAUGAGAGUACUCCUCCUAAGGGAAAAUCAUUUCAAAGGCCUCAUCCCAAGGAAGUUGUGUCAAAUGCAAAACCUUCAGUUCUUAGAUCUCUCCAGUAACUACUUUUUAGGAAGCAUACCCUCUUGCUUGAACAACAUUACUUUCUUUAAAAAUCAAUCAAUAGGCUCCAAUGUUACAACUUUAGGUAAUUUAUUAUCACCACUAAAGGAUAAUGGUAUUCGGGUUACGGUCGAUUUCACUACAAAAGAUAUAGAUUAUUCUUAUGAAGGCAUUCCGCUAGCCUUGAUGACCGGGAUCGACAUGUCAUCCAAUCGUUUGACGGGUAAUAUUCCGUAUGAAAUUGGAGAUUUGAUUGGACUUCGCUCAUUAAACUUGUCCAACAAUGUUCUCUCUGGACCUCUACCAAUAUCCUUUCAAAACUUGAAAAAUAUUGAGAGUUUAGAUCUUUCUCAUAAUAAGUUGAAUGGGUCAAUCCCCCACCAGAUGAAUCAAUUGAGUUCCCUUUCUACUUUCAAUGUCUCAUUCAAUAAUCUUAGGGGAAAGAUACCAUACGAGAAUCACUUCACCACAUUCAAUGAGGACAGUUUCUUCGGGAAUUCAUAUCUAUGUGGGAAGCCACUAGAAAGAAAUUGCUCGUUGAACACUCCACAACAACACUCCAAGGAUAAGAGAGAAGAAGCAUCCAGAAUAGUCGACAGCUCUUUAUUUUUCUACUCAUUUGUGGCUCUUUCAUAUGUUUGUGGAUUUUGUGGUGUCAUCACCCUUCUUAUAUUGAACAAUAGUUGGAGAAAGAUUUAUUUUAAAACAGUAGAUAGAUAUAUCGAAUCAUGUUUAGAGAUUUUCCGGAAAUAUGCCAGAAAAAAAAAAUACCAGAAGAAAAUGGACGGUUCAAAUGCCUACAAGCUGUCGGUGCUGUUUUGGAGCAUUGCCUAUUGUUGGUGUUGGUGUGAAGGGUGUUUGGAUGGAGAAAGGAGAGUCCUGUUACAAAUCAAAGAAUCCAUCAACCAUCCAAACGGGGCAGCUCUCCCAGACUGGGUAGGAGAGGACUGUUGCAAAUGGGAACUAGUUGUAUGCGACGAGUCUACAUCUCAUGUGAAAGAACUCCAUCUCAUCCGUCAAAGGCAUGAGAGUCAGGGAACAUGGUAUCCCAAUGUCACAUUAUUUUCCGAAUUCAAGCAAUUGCAGAUCAUAGAGCUGCAAUGGAAUCAGUUGAGUGGACCAGAUGUGAUCAAAGCAUUUUGUGGGCUGAAGUUCUUACAGACAUUGACACUCGACCAUAACAAACUCAAAGGUGUUAUUCCUCCAUGUUUGGGCCACAUGCGCUCUUUGAAGAGUUUAUACCUACAAAGAAAUUAUGAAUUAAGUGGAAACAUUCCUUCAUUUCUUAGCAAUCUCACUAUGAUCGAAGAUCUUGAUUUUUCCUAUAAUCGGUUUGGUGGGAAGCUCUCAUUUUCCAUAUUUUCCAACCUCAAAAAUCUUAUUAGUCUCGACCUCUCCAACAAUUACAACUUAGAGGUUGAAACGGAGUCUCCAACUUGGUCUCCAUCUUUUCAACUACAAAUUCUUAAAUUAGGAAGGUGCAACUUGAAUAAACAUAGUGGCAGUAUUAUCCCUAGCUUCCUCUCCACUCAAAAUGAUCUAUUGAGUCUAGAUUUGUCCAGAAAUUCACUUGUUGGAAGCAUUCCAUCUUGGAUGUUUUUCAAUAUUUCUCAAUCAUUGUCUUUGAAAAGUAACAUGUUUGAUGGUCCAUUUCCUCAACUUGUGCAAAACCUCACUUCAUGGCUCAUGGUAAUUGAUCUAUCUGACAAUCAUGUGUACGGGACACUUCCUGCUAACAUUGGAGCAUGCUUUCAAAACCUAUAUUUCUUUAACAUGUCUUCAAAUUACCUACAUGGAAGCAUCCCGCUCUCCUUUGGUGAAAUCUUAAAGUUAGAAGCAUUAGACCUAUCCAUCAAUAAACUGUCUGGAAUAAUACCGCAGAGCUUAACUGCCGGUGGGAACUCACUGUUAUAUUUGAGCCUCUCUAACAAUAGUUUGCAAGGACAAAUACUUCCGCGAGAUUCCAAUAUGACAAAUUUGCUAUAUUUACAGCUUCAUAGUAAUUGUUUCACUGGAACGGUUCCGCCAAGCCUAGCCAACAGUCCUGAUUUGGUGUAUCUAGACAUUCGAAAUAACUACUUAUCAGGUGAUCUGUUUGCGAAGCUACCCGUCUUUCCUUAUAUGAGAGUACUCCUCCUAAAGGGAAAUCAUUUCAAAGGCCUCAUCCCAAGGAAGUUAUGUCAAAUGCAAAGCCUUCAAUUCUUAGAUCUCUCCAGUAACUAUUUUUUAGGAAGCAUACCCUCUUGCUUGAACAACAUUACUUUCUUUAAAAAUCAAUCCAUAGGCUCCAAUGUUACAACUUUAGGUAAUUUAUUAUCACCACUAAGGGAUAAUGGUAUUCGGGUUACGGUUGAUUUCACUACAAAAGAUAUAGGUUAUUCUUAUGAAGGCAUUCCGCUAGCCUUGAUGACCGGGAUCGACAUGUCAUCCAAUCGUUUGACGGGUAAUAUUCCGUACGAAAUUGGAGAUUUGAUUGGACUUCGCUCAUUAAACUUGUCCAACAAUGUUCUCUCUGGACCUCUACCAAUAUCCUUUCAAAACUUGAAAAAUAUUGAGAGUUUAGAUCUUUCUCAUAAUAAGUUGAAUGGGUCAAUCCCCCACCAGAUGAAUCAAUUGAGUUCCCUUUCUACUUUCUAUGUCUCAUUCAAUAAUCUUACGGGAAAGAUACCAUAUGAGAAUCACUUCACCACAUUCAAUGAGGACAGUUUCUUCGGGAAUUCAUAUCUAUGUGGGAAGCCGCUAGAAAGAAAUUGCUCGUUGAACACUCCACAACAACACUCCAAGGAUACGGGAGAAGAAGCAUCCAGAAUAGUCGACAGCUCUUUAUUUUUCUACUCAUUUGUGGCUCUUUCAUAUGUUUGUGGAUUUUGUGGUGUCAUCACCUUUCUUAUAUUGAACAAUAGUUGGAGAAAGAUUUAUUUUAAAACAGUAGAUAGAUAUAUCGAAUCAUGUUUGGAGAUUCUCCGAAAAUAGUCAUUGUAAUUAUUUAUAAAAAUAAAUGUAUUGAAUACAACAAUUAUAGGGUAUCUAUUUGAUAAUAAGAUUUCAUAUAUGAUCUUUGCUUUUUACAA